UUCCCCGCUGCGGGACAGACCGUCACGAACCCGGCCACGAUGAGCAUGCACCCGGCGCGACAGGCCUAUGUCGAGGAGGACGAGGCCGCGGGCAGUGCCAUGGAGGGCAUCGACCUGGCAAGCGUCCCCCUCGACUGCAACCAUGCCCUGCCCGGCGGAGGCAACGCGACGGCCACCUCGCUCAUGGAAGACUUUGAUCGCAAACGACGAGCCGCCCAGCUGAUAGUGCCGACAGCCGACCGCGAUGUCAAGGCCAAGCUGCGCUCGCGAGGAGAACCAAUUACCCUCUUCGGCGAGGGUCCUGCUGAGCGCCGCGACCGACUUCGCGCCCUGCUUGCAGAGGCACAGGAGGCACUGGGCGAGGAUGCGGCAGAUGUGGACAUGCAGGAUGCGGACGAGGCGCCGGGCGACGAGCAAGAAGAGUUUUAUACGCAGGGCACGCAGGCGCUCUUGGAUGCGCGACGAGAAAUGGCCAAGUACUCGCUGCCACGAGCCAAGGAACGAGUCGCAUACCAGCGUCGCGAGGCUACGAUACCACUCAAGACUCACAUUGAGUUUCGCAACAGAAUCAAGGGCCGGCUCAAGGGCUUCGAGCUGUACGGGUCGCAGACCGCCGACCGCCCAGUGAGCAUCGUCCGCGUCUCUCCAAAUGGUCAAUACGUUGCAUACGGCACCUGGGGUGGCAAGGUUGCACUGCUGGAAAUACCCAGUCUUGAGCAGAAAAGGGCCUACCGCGGUGGACACGCCGAACGUGCGACGGGUAUAGACUGGAUGCCUGGUGCGACACUGCCUGGAAGCACCGUGUCGAGCUCGAGUGUGAAUUUUGCGUCGGGCGGUGCUGGAGGCAAGGUUCAGCUCUGGUCUCUUGACGACGACAAACCCCUGCGGACUCUAGAAGGACACUCUGACCGCGUCUGUCGUCUAGCCUUCCAUCCUACUGGGCGAUAUCUAGCUUCAGCGUCUGACGAUACGACGUGGCGGCUCUGGGACGUGAACACGGGGCAAGAGCUGCUUAUGCAAGAAGGGCAUUCAAAAGAGGUGUAUACCGUGAGCUUCAAUGGCGAUGGAUCCUUGGUUGCCAGUGCGGGUCUCGACAGCAUUGGUCGCGUGUGGGAUGUCCGUACCGGGCGGGUCAUCUACAUGCUGGAAAGUCACAUCAAGCCUAUCUAUGGACUGGACUGGGCCACGGAUGGCCAUCGCCUGCUUUCGGGCUCAGGCGACGGAUUCAUGAAAUGCUGGGAUGUGCGCGCAAUGAGGGAGACCAACUCGAUUGCCGCCAACACAGGCGGUGUUACCGACCUGCGAUGGUUCAAGGGCACAGAUGGGCCCAACACGGGCGUGGCGCUGCAAGAGAAUGAAGAUGGGCAGCUGAUUCCCAAGAAGGCGUCGACGUUUGUCAUUUCAUCUGGCUUCGACAAGAACGUGCAAAUCUUCUCGGCCGACGACUGGGCGCACUGCAAGACGCUGCAGGGUCACGCUGGGCCCGUCUUCAGCACGGAUGUCACGAGCGAUGCAUCGUGGAUUGUAAGCGGCGGAAAAGAUCGUACGGUGAAGCUGUGGGCGAGAGACGAUAAUGGAGGGAUAUGAUGAUGCAAGGCCAAGACGAGCACAAGUUGAAGGAAGAUCAAGACCAGAGUUACCGACUUGGAGUUUGAAACAAGUCACACAGGUCAGUGCUGUCCUUGCUAUCCCCAUGUAUACCACCAUUUAAAUAUUGAACCCCAAAAAAGAAAGUAAGAAAGAAGGAAUCCGUAGCUUGAACCCGAGAUACCCAAGCCUCUCGUUCGUCGUCUCUGUACGCGUUGGGAGUAGCCAAAAUACA